AUGUUGUCUGCUGGCAGUACCGGGUGCGUCGGGAGCAGAUGUGAAAAAGCUGAGGGCCAGGCCGAUGCCGGAGCGAUGCUCAAUUCUUUUACCCGAUUUUACCAGCAAGAGUUGGCCAAAGAAGAUUCUGAGCCACUCGAUGUACGCACGGCCGGAAAAUUGACCUGUGCUGUGCUCCAGCAUGACCUUCUUGCGGCAGGAUGGGCGGUGAACCUGGAUUGUGGCAAAGUAUUACCACAGCGAUUGCAGACACCGGCAAAGAGAAAGAAGACGGCCCAGAGCGACCAGAGGUGGCCGGAAGAAGCUACGAACGAUGAUGGGACCAGGAGCUCCCCGGAAACUUUGGCUGACUUCUUCAGCUGCAGAAAGGCCGUGUCUCCACGCCGGAGGUCCCCCGUGACUCCGACGAAGACGGCAGCUAGCCAGCUUCCUAGUCAGGAGAGCCCCUCAACUCCAACCCGCGGCCUCGGCCACGUGCACGGAUUCCGAGCUCCGCUCCACGGCAUCAGGCUCCGCGCACUUUGCCUUCAAUCAACUCCAGAGGACCGAGCCAAAGACCGAAAGAGAAAGCGGAAGUCGAAGCAUGGCAAGGCUUUGGCCCAGCAAAAGGCGAGGCAGCCAGAGGCCCCGGAAAAGCCUUCGGGCAAGUUGCGCAGAUCCUGUGCGACAGCGCCGGGCAUGGCCCCGAUGGUACGCGAAGCGCCAGCCAAGACCCAGCCGGCGGAGAACAAGGAGGAUGCACAGCAACCACCUCCGACUGGUGAGUGCGCGCCUACAGCACAACCAGGCAGAAGUCGAAGCAGGAGCAAGACGCGGGACGAGCGCAUGCACCCGAAGCUCUGCUCGGUCAUGUUCCAUGCCGCCGCAUGUGCUCGUCGAGCCCCAGUCCCCAUCGACAGCAGCAAUUCCCUGCCUAUCAAAGGUGAAGAUGCUGAACCCAGCUUCGAGUCUUUUGGGACCCAGAAGGCCUGCAACCUGCGUCCGCGCGUCAAGCUCCGCACCCCCGCAGAGGCUCCUCGCGUGAAACGACACGCAGAGUCAGUGGAACUUCGCGUUCUCGACCUCCAGCGCUUGCGACCGAUUGCCCAGGUGGAGGCGAAAUUCAUCGUUGCCUACCGGGAGCCUGACCUUGAUCAAGGUGAAUCGUCGGCGCGGCUUCUGAUUAUCGAUCAGCAUGCAGCCGCCGAACGGGUCGACCUGGAGCGUCUUCAGCGGCAGACGCUCGCCGAAGACAGCCAGGAUACAAUCAACGUGGUGCAGGUCCAUGGCAGCGGAACCUGGCUGACCCUGGCGAAGGAGGAAGCCCGGUGGCUGCAAAGAUACAAGGCGCAUGCAGAGCGGUGGGGCUUCCGCUGGCGAGCUCAAGGCGGCUUGAAUGAUGGCACGUUGCCUGAUGAAGUUGUUGUAACUCACGUUCCCAACAUCCUCGGGACCAUGUUGGCACCGAGGGAUCUCAAAGCAGUGUUGGCUUCAGCCGAUGCCACCAGUGUCGACGGCAAACCUGCCCUUCCGCCUGUCGUGCUGCACAUCCUCGCUUUCAAAGCUUGCCGGGGCGCUAUCAAGUUUGGAGAUUCGCUGUCACAGGUGCAGAUUCAAGCAUUGCUUCGAGAUUUGAGCUCGUGCAAGUUUCCAUUUCAGUGCGCGCAUGGACGUCCGACGGUGUACCCACUGCACAUGGGCUCGGCAAACCACAGGUGGAGCAGGCCGACUGGUCCAGCACCACUUCAAGGUGCACUUUGCCAGCAGACUCGAGGAUGUUCGCCAUCCGAAAAGCACUAA